AAUUCCUUACAAAAGAGUCACCUGGGCAAGAAGAAAAAGACGGUAGCAAAAUUAUUUCGGAAAGAGAUGUCAAAGCACGCAGUUAUCAUUCUUUUCCUGGAGAUCGGGUUAUUUUUGUUAUCCAGCGAUGGUAGGAAGAUUCCGAAGAUAACUCGAAAAAAUCUUUUCCACAAAGAGAAUUUCGUUGAAGGAGGAUCUGGCGAUGAUGACAGUAGUGCAGCUUUCAGCGACUGGAGCGAGUGGACUCGAUGCAAUCGCAAUUGCAAGCAAGUUCGAACACGCUCUUGCAAGAAACCCGAAGUUUGCCAAAACAAGGUGGAGAAGAUGCAGAAGGUAUGCCCUUCCGUCAUUUGCAAGGUCAGAAUCACAGUGCCGUUACCCAAAUAUGAGAAUUCAUCUUACCGCCCAUCUAAAGGCGAAGUUCUACAGCAUAUGGAACCAUUCCUAUACACGGAAUGGUCGAAAUGGUCUCCAUGUUCAGAAUCCUGCAUAACUAAGAGAACCAGAAAGUGUCGCUAUAAAUUAAUUUGUGGAGGUGUUCAAGAGCAGUCCGAAAAAUGCUACAGCGAGGAAGGUGACUGCGAAGAAAUCGAACAUCCUCGGGAACCAGUUGAUUUGGAAGAAAAGGACGAGAGCCAUCCUUUAGAUAACAUCGUUUGCGGCGUGACGAAAGUCGCUCCAGAUUCUAGAAUAAUGGGUGGAAAGAGAGCUAAGAAAGGGAGCUGGCCUUGGCAG